AUGGAUCGUACUGCUCACCCUGAGCCUCCGCGGCUGCUCCGGUCGCAGGACCCGUCGUCGUUGCCCGACUAUCUCCGCGAGCUCAAGAACUCAAAGCUCGUCACCCUCUCGUACAUCCCAGCCAGCAAGAAGAAGGCCCGAAAGCAUAUCGAAUCCGGGGUCUCUCAUGACAUCCCCAUCAGCAUCCUGUCCAAGUCGCCGUCGCUUCUGAUUCCAAUCAGCACGAAACGCCGUGCGCGUGCUAACAAACCAGAAAAGACCGCUCUGCGACCGCGAAGACCUUCCAGUGCGGCCUUUACGAAUCUGACUCAGAAACAGGACUUCAGCAGCCUGUUCCCUGAUCUCGUCCCCGAACUAACAAGCAUUGCGCAAAUCGGCCCGGACUGGGCCUUCCACUCCACCAGGAUCGCGGUGGUGCUUCAGAAUUACGCUUUUUUCUACAACUAUCUCCGCCAAAAACGGAAGGAAUUGAGAAAUAUGCACAGAAAUACAGAAUGA